GACACGCCCCUUCCGUGGCGGCGGCCGGAAAGAGCUUCCGCUUCCGACAGCGUGAAUACAGGUUCUCGGCGAGAGGAUGGCGGCAGGCGGUGGCGAUCCGCGCUCAGGAGAUGUAGAGGAGGACGCAUCACAACUCAUCUUUCCCAAAGAGUUUGAAACAGCUGAGACGCUUCUGAAUUCGGAAGUUCAUAUGCUUCUUGAGCAUCGAAAGCAGCAGAAUGAGAGUGCAGAGGAUGAGCAGGAACUUUCCGAGGUCUUCAUGAAAACUUUAAAUUACACUGCCCGUUUCAGUCGUUUCAAAAACAGAGAGACCAUUGCCAGUGUCCGUAGCUUGCUGCUCCAGAAGAAGCUUCAUAAGUUUGAGUUGGCCUGUUUAGCCAACCUUUGUCCAGAGACUGCUGAGGAGUCCAAGGCUCUGAUCCCAAGCCUGGAGGGGCGGUUUGAAGAUGAGGAGCUACAGCAGAUCCUUGAUGACAUCCAGACCAAGCGCAGCUUCCAGUAUUAGUCUCCAGACAUCACUGCUGCUGGGGAGCUAUGUCACAUCCCCAGCCCAGUGCCCCUCGCUCAGGGUCUAGGGCUGACUCGCACAGAAAUUCUGUGGCAGAAGACACUUGGCCUUCCUUUGGAUAGAACAACCCAGUGCUUUGUUUUGGUUUAGGUUGCUAUUUCAAGCUUGACUAUUGGCCAGUGAUGACCUGUACAGGCUUGGCGAGGCCUUGCAGUAGUUGCUCAUGGCUGUGUGAGCUUGCCUCUGGGAAGGACGAGGUGGGGGGACGUGCAUAUAAGCAACACUACUGACUGCCUCAUAUCAUGGUCUUUGGCCCUUGUAUUCUUUUGAUUCCUAACAUGUCAUGUUUUAAUAUCAAUGUGUUCAUAGUUUUUUAAGCUCUUCUAGAACAUGUAAAACUAGUAUGGGAAACAGUCUUACCUAAAUGCAAAAGGAUGAAUUAAACCAGACCUAUAUCACUGUUUGAAAUUCUUAAAGAGAGGAUGUAGAGCCCUGGCAUCAUUGUGCGUAACCCCGGAGACAGGAAAGGGGUUUCUGAGAAGAGCAGCUCCUCUGUCAUCCUGAGGAUAACUGCUGGGUAUUGUGGAGCACACAGCCUUUUGCUGGACAAGCACUGUGCCUUUUUCUUGGAUUCCUGUGGAACGUAUAUGUGGAGUAUGUGUUCUUAAAGCACUUACUUCGUCACUCCCGAAUGGAGACUCCCCUCCUAGGCCGGGUGUGAAGCAGGGAGCACUUUGUUGUGCCCUCGCGUGGGCCUCAGGUCCAGAUGUCCGGCCUCCCUCUCAGCAGCAGGCCUUCCAUGGUGGUUUGGAAGGAGGGAGCCUGCCACUUGCUGAGCCACUAGAGUGACAUCGCUUGAUCUGAGACUGGUUGCAAGGAAAAUACUUUACUUUAAUAGCUGAAUAUUUGGCUCUCAAUUUUUAGAGGGGAAAUACACCUGUUUUCUUUACAGUUUGGGGAUUUUUCUUUGGCGUACUUGUUGACGCCAAGUAAAUUCAUGAUCCAAGGAUAAGGUUGCGGAAAGAACAAAGUUGGCUUUAAAAAGUCAAGGCCGUUUUAUGUCAGCUUCUAAGGCAAAAAUAAAGUUUUCUUAUUUUUAUAAAUUAU